UUCGUGACCAGCAUUCACCAGAACGUUUAAACUUUGACAGUGAUUUGUGACCUCUCCGCGACAACCCAACCUUGAGGAAAACGCGCCCUCAUGUACUAGAGCACAUCUGAAGCUCACGAGUUCGAUAGCGAGUCAACCAUGGACUGUAACGUUUUCAAUCCAGUCGAUUUGCCUUGCGGUCGUACUAUUGAGAACAGGCUGGUGAAGACAGCUAUGUACGAGCAUAUGGCAAAUUUCUCUGGUGGCCCACCAAACGAAUUCCACUAUGGCUUAUACUCAGAAUGGGCAAAGCAUGGCUGGGGAAUGAUUCUCACUGGAAAUGUCCAGGUCUCACCUCAGCAUCUGACCUUGGGCCGUGACAUCGUUGUACCACCCACACUUGAUGCAGAGGACGUCAAACCCUUCAAGAAGUUGGCGGAAGUUAUCCAUGGAGCUGUCGAUGGCACGCGCUCCCUGGCUAUCAUGCAGCUAUCACACGCUGGACGCCAAUCAGCGAAUUUUAUUGGUGGUCGACUGCCUUUUGUUCCACCACUGGCCCCCAGUUCUGUCCGUGUUGGGGCAAGACAUGAUGAAAAUCGUGGAGGGGGCGCAAUAUCUAACCUGAUAUUUCAUGCGUUGUUCCAAGUUCCUACGGAGAUGACCGCACUGGACAUUCUCCAUGUCCAAUCCAGCUUCGUGCGAGGCGCUCUCUUGGCGUACAAAUCAGGCUUCGAUGGAAUCCAGCUUCAUGCUGCCCAUGGAUAUUUACUGGCACAGUUCAUGAGCCCUAAGAGUAAUAUUCGGAACGACAAAUAUUCAGUAGCACCGGAAAACGCCACUCGCAUGCUGUCCGAGAUAAUUGAAGCUAUCCGCAAGGUGGUGCCGACUACUUUCAUAAUCGGAAUCAAAAUCAACUCGGCUGACUACGUAACUUCUGGAAACACCGAGGAAAUAUCUCAGGAAAGCGAACGACGUGUCCUGGAUCACAUUCGCACCAUUGCAAGUUGGGGUGUCAUCGACUUUAUCGAGAUUAGUGGAGGAGAUUACGAAAAGCCCGACUUUAUGGCAUGCAGUGGAUCUCGAAAACUAGACCGCCAAGCCUUCUUUGCGCAAUUUUCACGGACAGUCAUGAAGGACCUUCACCGAUCGCCUGUCCCUUUCUCUUCCGUCCCACUCAUUCUACUGACUGGCGGCCUCCGUUCCCACUCUCACCUACAAGCUGCCUUGAUGUCGAGGCACGCCGACUUGCUAGGCAUCGGAAGAUGCGCUGUCCUCUGUCCCGACCUACCCAAGAUCCUACGAUUACAGCUACGAAAUAACAAAUCUUCUAGCACUUGGGUUGAUAAACCCUUUACACGGGAACCAGAAGCAGUGUUCAGAGCUUCUAAAUGGGUACCAAGUGUAAAGCUCAUUGGCAGCGGCGUCGGGACUGCAUGGUAUACCACUAGAAUGAGGGACAUUGCUAUCUCCCAGAUCAAGAACCCUAGAGCAGAACCACCCGCGGACUACAACAGAGGAGGAUUAAUCGCUGUGUUCACGAUGUGGGCUUGGUUCGACUCUAGAAUAGCCCCGAUUUGGGUCCUAGGAAUACUCAUGGUCCUUGUUGUCACGGCCGGGUUUUCUUGUCAGCAAUAAAAAUGGCGUCAUUGGUACACCGGGCUGAUCGGGACGUUCAUGCCAGUGCGGCCUCCGAGCAGGGUAGGAGGGCCGAAGGCAACUUGGCGCUCCAUUGCUUAUUCCCAAGGUAGUAGCCAAUUCCCACCAAUUGUCACAUCCCAGCUAGGAGACACUGGAGAAAAUCGUACAUUUCAUAGGACGGACUGCUCAUCACUAUUCGAUAUGUAUUUGAGUUAAGCAAUUUGAUG